AUCGUGGCCAUUGAAUACUCUGGUCGUUUACCCUAAGCUCUCUCCGCCUUCGGUGUCGCGCGGCCUCAUCGUCUUCUCUCGAGCACACGUUUUAUCGCUUCCAAACCCUAGACUUUGAUUCCCGUGAUCCUCCCUCUCACGAUCAUCUGCAAUUUUCUCGUCCGAUCUCCCACCAAUAGAUUCGAAAUUCCAUUAUUUUAUUAAUUUUCUUCCUGUUCUCUCCUCCCUAAGUCUAAAUUUUGUUAUCUCUGUUUGAUCCUGCCAAAUAAAAAUAACUCUUUUCUGUAAGAAAUCUGGUCGGAAGUUGCUGCUGGAAUCGAAGCAUUCGAUCAUUUUGUUCAUCGAAGUGUUGAUCUUGAGUCCGUUGAUUUGGCGCGGAAGAGUUUUUCCUGAGAUUUGAGAGUUUCCUGUAGAUCUGUUUUGGCAUCGCGACAAGGAGAUAUGGUCGGAGGUGGAAGCAGGAGGGACGAUGGGCCCUUGCAGAUUAGUAGCACCAACGUUUUCGCGGCGCUCGAGACCCUCAAGAAGAAGAAGAAGUCGGACAAGUUGUCGAAGAGCAAGGGUCCGCCCAAGAACCAGGCGAGGGAGCCGGAGCAGCAGGUAUUUUGGGCUCCGACGCCGUUGACGGUGAAAUCUUGGGCUGAUGUCGAUGAUGAUGAUGAUGAUUACUACGCAACCACGGCACCACCUCAGGCUGUUUGGGGCUUGUCGGAACAGCAGCCCAAAAAGGAAGUUGUGGCAGCCGUAGAGGAGGAACUUUUCUCUUUUGCUAUGCAUUUACCUGUGUAUAUCUGGCCAUGUGCAUCAACUUGCACUCUUGAAUAUAAAUCAUGGUACUGGGAAGUAGGAAAAGCUCUGGGAAAGCUGGAAAGUGAAAGCGAAGAUGAUGGUCUUGAUAUCGGCGAUGAUGAUGUUGAGGAGGAACCUGAACAUGAACCUGAGGUUGCCGUUGCAACUGAACCAAUUAUCGAGAAACCUGCUUCUGUUUCAGUACCAUCCAAAGAUGCAGAACGGCAACUGUCAAAGAAGGAGCUUAAGAAAAAGGAAAUGGAAGAACUUGAUGCACUUCUGCAUGAGCUAGGCAUUUCCAGCAAAGAUAGUAAUGCUGCACAAGACGAGACGAAUGACAAGAAACAACCGGAGCAAAGUGGCGGUGGAGAGAAAAAGGAAAACUCAGGUGCUCCUUUGGAGAUCAAAAGUUCAAAGAAAAAGAAGGCCAAAAAGGAGAAAUCUUCAAAGGACACCAAGGAAUAUUUGGAACAGCCUGCCGAUCUCAAUAACAAUAACAACAGCCCGGACGAGGUGGUUGCUGAGCCUGAGGAAGAAGAUGCAUCUGCAGUUGAUGUGAAGGAAAGGAUAAAAAAGGUGGCUUCCAUGAAGAAGAAGAAAUCAAAUAAAGAGAUGGAUGCUGCUGCAAAAGCUGCCGCCAUCGAGGCAGCUGCAAGAAGUGCUAGGCUCGCUGCUGCAAAGAAGAAAGAGAAGAGUCACUACAAUCAACAACCAGCACGGUGAUCCACGUGGGUAAGAAGCUAAGAAGCUUUAGUAUAGUCUUAAUCUGUUUGUUGAACUGCAAAAUAAACAUUGGAAUGCUCGCCUAUGACCUGAUCAUAAGACUUGAUUUUCUUUAGAUGGCUUUCAUGCUGUUCCAAUCUUUGUCUCUUGUACCGAUUUAUAUUGGAACCUUAAUAACCAGAAUCCCAUGCAUAUAUGCAAUGCCUCUGUUGUUAUUUUUGCUGGAUCA